GUUUACCCUUUUUGGUUUUAUAUUUUUCAAACAACGUUGCGAAAUUAUCCAUUUAAGUUUUAAUGAAAUGUUGAAGAGAAUAUAAAAUUGGCCAAAGGUAACGGAACUCUAAACAAUGCAACUUUGGCAUGAUAUGAACUGUCUGUUCGUAGCGGACUAUUGUCAAAUCGUUCAAUAUUGUGCAGCCUUUUACCUCUUCUGCACAGUGCGAGAUACGUUUAUUUUUAAUUAUUUAUGUUUACAAAAUUUGCCCACAACAUGGCUCUCCUGAAUUCGGAAUCGUCUUCUGUUCCUGGCGAAGAAAUGAGCGAUGAUGAGGCCUACGUUUUACCGGCAGAUACAAUGCUCAUCUUGCAGCAGUUUUUACAAGAGAAGGAAUUGAAAGAGCGGUCUGAAAAAACUGGAGCUGAGCCAGAAGGAUGUUUUGAAGAAAAUUGGCAACUGAGCCAGUUUUGGUAUAAUGAAGAGACGAAACAAAAGCUUGCAUUUAUCGUAAGAAAAUUACAAGAACAAAGUGGUUCAGACACAUUUCGAGUAGCGCUAUUGUCGGCACCAUCUGCGUUUAAGCACGUGGUUAAUGAAAAUAAACAAGCUAUGCUAUUUGAAUUUGAUGAGCGAUUCGCGUCGUAUGGAGAUAAUUUUCAACAGUAUGACUACAACAAGGCUUUCGACCCGGAGUACAUGGACGCAUAUGCCGAUCAAUUCGAUUUGAUUAUCGCUGACCCACCGUUCUUGUCCGAAGAGUGUAUCGAAAAGAUAGGAGCAAUCGUGACAAAAAUCACGAAACAAAAUGCAAAAGUUAUUCUAUGCUCUGGGGCCGUAGUGCAAGAAUGGGCAAAGGAACAUCUUGGGGUUAGUUUGUGCCAAUUCCGACCAGAGCAUGAACGCAAUCUCGGGAAUGAAUUUUGUUCGUACGCGAAUUUCGAUUUAGAUGAUAUUUUAAAUAAAGGCUGUUGAUUUGAUUAUUAA